CAAAUGUUCUGUCUCAAAGUAUUUCUGGUACUUGGCUCAAUCAAUGUUGGUUUCUCCAACGGUGAUUCCAUUAUGCCCAAGAGACUUGAUGAUGACAUCCCUACUUCCUCGGACCAAAGUUACAACUAUGAAGAAGGAUCUUGCGAAACCAAUCAGGAUUGUCUAGCCCCACAAGUGUGCCUUUAUGAGGUGUGCACCUUAGAAAAAGUAGAUCUAGUGGAUAUGAACAGCCACAUGUCGUCUCAAACCGAAGAAUAUGGGACUAAUGAAGAUGUCUCUGAGCCAUCUACAAAUCGUUUUGAAGAAGAAAGAGUUGAAAAUGUGGACUCUUUGGACGAACGUGAGGAUCUGGAGGAAUCCCAUUUGGAAACAACAAUCCUUAAGAGCAAUAGUGGAGCUUCGAAAAGGUCCAAAAAUAAGGAGACACACAACGUAGCAGACAAGGGCAACAGAAAUGCCACUGAAGAGAUGGUUUUAGAUAGUAGUUCUUUGAACGAUAAACAAGCCUUUGGAAACCAAGUUAUCAUUAAUGAAGAGGAGAAGAAAGAUGCAGACCUGAUUACAAACGCCAAAUUCACAGAUGAACAAUCCAAGCUUCAGAAUAAUAAAGAGGAUCAAGAAAACCUGCUUGGUUCCUACAAAUUUCCCGACACGUGUCAGCAUCACAAGUUGGGAGAUUGCCGGUUUGUGAUUAAAUGGUCGAAAACAUCCAAUCCUGGAGAGAUCCGGUUCGAAGUUCAGAGCCAAAACAAAAAAUGGACUGCCUUGGGAAUGUCUCAUUCAACUAAAUUGGUUGGCGCAGAUGUGAUCACGGUGACAAGAAAAGGAUCCAUCCAGGAUCGAUUUGUGAAUUCUCAAAGAUCCGUAUCUAAGGAUAAACGAGACAAUUUGAUUCAUCCUCUUGUGACCGUUAAAGAAGGUAUCUUGAUUGGAAAGUUCACGAAAAAGAUGAAAAAUGAGGACCCCGAGCAAGAUAUUGACCUGUCUGACACAGACGGAAUUAUAAUGUUUGUUCCCGGAGGAGAGGUUGGGAGCAAUAAAAGCUAUUCGUUCCUCCCUGAGAAAAUCAACCUGACUCAGUAUGCUCAUAAACAUGAUCAAGAGCCAGUGUUGGACCAGCAAAGCAUUGGGACAGGAACAGACCAACCAGUUAUCAAUGAAAUGAUUAACUUCUCCUAUGAGGAUCCACCCGAUCGAUCACCAGAAAUUCCCAUUGGGAAAGAGGUGCCUCUGACAUCCGCAGACUUGCAUGAGCACAUAAUCACUGAAGAUCCCCAUACCAUUACUAUGGAUAUAGAUGUUAACUACUUGGUUGAACAAAACGAUGACGCCAACAAACAUCUGGUUGCUCCCAAGCCCUUUACUCCGAUCAUUGAACAGCCAAGCAAAGGAGCUUUGUUCAGUCAUGAAGCAUGCCUGAAGGGUAAUAUUGGCAAAAAGUUGAGGAAACUCCAUUCCACCACGGGCUAUUACUAUUGCAACAAGGAAGGUCUCCCUGAAGAAGGCCAGUGUCCAAAUGGGUCCAUUUUCUUCCACAAAAUCCAUUGCUGCGUUCUCAUCACAAAGUUUCCAUGUUUCAAGAACUGUUUGUGAAAAAAUUAGAGGUGACUCUGGAAAGCCA